AUGGCGAAUCCAUUUAUGUAUCCCUUUGGCCUGCCGGCAAUGGCACCUCCACCUGGUUUCGCCGGCAAGACUCAAUACCAAUAUGUGACCAAAGAUGGGGGGCCACCAAAUCAAGGCAAGCCUCCUGGUGCUGCAGCACCACCAGCAGCAGGAGGCCCACCACCGCCCUACUCGUUCUUUCCACGAGCAGGUUCCUGCGCCCCAGCGCCUCAAGCUGGUGCGUUCUUUGUCCCGCCUAGCGCUGGAAAUCCUGGUAUGUUCUGUGUUCCGAAUGGUAGUUCUCCAGCACCGGCGCCACAACCUCCAGGUCUGGUUUAUUUUCCAUCGGCUACUGCUCCCCCUCCCGCGCCAAUUGCAUAUCCCAUCCCGACCCCAGCAGCUGUUGCACAAGCAGCUGCUCGAGCUCCAGAACCCCCUGUCAGUGGGAACAGAAUCAAGGAGAGCCUGGUAGUUUUGAGGGAGAGUGGAGGUGCAGGUUAUAUAGCAUCGAAACACAACGCAACGUUCCAUAUCUUCGACCGGGGUCUUUUGUCUAUUUACACGCCUGAUGGAAACAAGAGAAUCAACAUUCCGUCACACGCCAAUGAGGGUUUCAAAAUUCAAAUGGCAGCAUGCUCAUUGCCGAUGGAGGAAUUCAUUGAACAACUGGACUGCAUCAAGGAUGCACCUCCCAAUUGGCCUCGAUCCCAGAUAGGGAUUGCGGAGCUGAAAGAUUAUGGGAAUGGGUCAUUCGAGGUGGGAACUCGAAUCAUGUUGGAUGAUGCUCGCUCAAAGGAAACACUGAGCCAGGUAUUCGGCAAUGUUGUUGGUGAAGCCGGUCUCGCUCGACCAAUAUACCUGACCCGGAUUCCGUAA